AGAGAAGAAAUUAAAGUUCUUAUUCAUGGAGCGGCUGGAAGAACCGCUCGUAUGGUGAUAACAUAUCUUUUAGAAGCAUCAACACCCAAAGCUGUCUACAAAAUUACGGCUACAAUUAAUAAUAAUGGCCUUGAAGAUCAUCCUGAUUUCAAUAAUUCAAAUUUAACAGUUAUUAAAAAUAGUUUUAUUGAUGAAGUAGAAGUGAAAAAGCUAGUUUCUUCGCAUGAUAUUAUUAUCUUUGCAGCUGGUACAAAAUUAUCAAAUGCAUUCCUUCCGAAUAAAGUUUAUUCAAGACCAGCUGAAUGGAUUCGAGAAGCUAUAAUUGAAACACAAAAAAAUAUACCAGGAAAACAAAUUAAAUUUAUUGGAAUAACAGCAAUGUCAGCUAGAAACGCCGAUAAAGGAUCCUUAUGGAAUCAGUAUACGUUUGGAAUUUGGUGUAGACCUUCAUUUGAAGAUAUGAUACUCUUUGAAGAUACUUUUUUAGAAGCUACUGAUGGAGAAAAGGUUAAUUAUAUAUUUCUUAGACCACCUGGUUUGACAAAUGAUAUUUCUGAUCAUGAUGUUCAAGUUGAUCCUGAAAAGCGUCCCGAUGGUGAAUUUAGAGUGAAAAGAAAAGUCUUGGCUAAAUUUAUUGCUAAUGAAUGUGUACUUAGUAAUAAGUAUGAUGGAAGAGCUAUAGUUUUAGUUCAUGAAUAA